AUGGAUCCUCCCAACAAGCGCCGUAGGCUUGCGCCCAAGGUCCCAGAGCCUGCCCCUAUUCCCACUGCUUCGGCAACUGCUGCCGCCGCCACGGUUCCUACCCCUGCGACCACGCCCCAGCAGGCUCAGUAUAGUCCUGAGCAGACCCGCCCACAAUAUCCCGUGCAGGAACAUGCCCACGCCCAGGCUCACGCGGCUGAACGCCAUGACUUCGAGUCCUUUGCCCGCCACCUGCAGGAUGCUGCCAUGCACAUAUACCGCAAGAUGGAGAAGGCGCCCUCCUACACUAGCGCCUCCGUCCUGCUCCUGCGCUGGGAGGAGGACACGUCCGUAGAGCACGAGCUGGUCGCCCUGGAGAAGGUCUUCCGUGAGAAGUACAACUACCACACCGACAAGUGGGCAAUACCUACCGUGCCGAACCCCAGCAUCAAGCUCGGUGUCCAGAUGGCCGCCUUUAUGGACAACGCCAGGAGCGACCACCUGCUGAUCAUCUACUAUGCUGGUCACGGCUACGUCGGCGCUGACAAGCAGCUGCACUGGGCAAGCAACACCCGAGAGGAUGCCUGCAAGCUCAAGUGGAGCGGCGUGCGGUGUCUCUUCGAGGAUGCCUCAUCUGACAUCCUGCUCCUGCUGGACACAUGUGCCAUCCACGACGCCCCAGUGGCUGGUAGCCACGGAGUGAAGCAGGCCAUCGCAGCAUACAGUCCCGGUCAGAGGGACGCCGAGUAUCACACACGCUCCUUCACAACUCACCUGGUUGAGUCUCUUCAUAAGCUCAGCUCCGGACGGCCCUUCCCUGUACAGCGCCUAUACGAGGAGAUUAUGCGCCGUAGGCAUGAUGACUUGACCGCGAAAUUAAGCAAUGGCGGGGCAGGAAAGCCACCUCCUGAGAGGACGCCGACCUUCUUCACCCUCACCCCGGGCAAGACCCAGAACCUCACCCUGGCACCUCUUCGUCCAGCGCGUACUCCCGCUCAUGACACAGAGACUAAAGAUGCCCCUGGAUCCGGCGCAUUGCCUGACCUUACUUUUGACGACGCCAGAGUGCUUGUCUGCACUACCUUUGUUGGUGACGCCAACCCAGAUAUGAUGUUCUACAAUCAGUGGCUACAGAAACAGCCACCCAUUGCGUCCAAGAUAACCAUGGAGGGCAUGUUCCUCGGGCCCCCAACCAUGCUCCUGAUCUCAAUGCCCCAGUCUAUCUGGAAUAUUUUUCAACAUGACAAGGUUUGUUGCUUCUUGGGCUACAUCAAUUCUCACAACAUGAUGGACUUGUACAAUGGUCUUGUCAAGUCGACACCUGUGCCACCUGUCAACCACAAGGCAGUGGAAGAUGGCCGCAUCCUCCUCGAAGCCAGAGAGGCGGCCACAAGCAGCCCGGCCAGCAAGAGGCGGCACGAGGCGAUAGCCCAGCAGGCGUCCAGCUACUCAGAGCUGCCAAUGCGGCAAGAGGCGCCGACUAGGAACCCUCUUCCGAGCUCAGCCCCGUCAGCGAGCCUGAUAGCGACCACAGCCUCGGCUAGGGACGACGGCGAGGACUCAGCCGAGAUGAAGGAGGCAGCUGAGCAGCUCAAAGCACUGAGUCACGUCAGGCACAUGAGCGAUGGGGCGGCAAGUGCCGUCUCUGACCCUCGUCAACGGGAUUCGCCGUCGUCGAAUGGUGCCAAUGAAUCUGGGAUGGAAGACGUUCAUUAUUCUGCAGACCUCAACGGCUCUGCCUCGAAACCGAAGCCGACAACACCGGCGCGGAAGCCUCUUGCAAAGGCGCAGCCGAAGCAGGACACCCGGUGCAGCCACUGCAGCCACGCCCCUUUCAAGGAUUCCUCAUCGCUGCGCAAACACAUCGCCGCUGCUCACACCCGGCCAUUCCCCUGUGCGUUCUCUUUUGCCGGAUGUACCAGUACAUUCGGCUCCAAGAACGAGUGGAAGAGACACAUUGCCUCCCAACACCUGUGUCUUCAAUACUACCGCUGUUCGGAGUGCCCAUCCAGUGCCGCCGAGGGUAAAGGCAAUGAGUUUAACCGAAAGGACCUCUUUACGCAACAUCUGAGGAGGAUGCACGCCCCAUUCGCCAUCAAGAAAGCAUUGACAAAAGUCGACAGCAAACUGAAUUCUGAGUGGGACAAUCACGUCAAGGAGUUGCAGCAAUCUUGCCUGGUCACGCGCCGGGAGCCGCCUCAACAGGUUUCUUGUCCCAAGCAUGAUUGCCAGAAGGAGUUUGAGGGCCAUAUCGCAUGGGACGAGUGGACCGAGCACGUAGGUCGCCACAUGGAGAAGGGAGAUGGCAUCAGACUCGGCGUCGACCCCAUGCUGGCCAAGUGGGCUCUGGACGAAGCCAUCAUCGAGCGGGAUGAAAGUGGAGGAUACAGAUUCUCCACACAGAAUGCCGCCAAUGGAGGAGAUAUGGACCGACGUGAUUCCAUCAUCAAUAGCUCCUUCAUCUCGGACGGAGGCAAGCUGGAGGAGAAGGUGGACAAGCUGGAUGACAUUGCGAACGGCGAUAAAUCCGAAGACAAUAUCGAAGAUAACAUCGAAGACAACAUUGAAGACGACGAACAUGAUCCAAACUCGAUCGUAGUGGCCACAUCGACCGCGAUGCACGACCGGAUGGACACGGACGACUAG